AUUCCUGUAAGUCUCAGUCAUGAAUAACAAUCACAGCGUCCUGCACGCGGAGUAGCGGCACCGGAGCUUAGAGCAGCACGAGACCUUCGGGCUGGAGAAGGAACGGAAUGGCGCUCUAGACAACCGAUCGAGACUAUAACACUAUUUUACGUUUCACACCGGAUCGAAGCCCCCUUUCGUGUUUGAUUUGAAGCGUCUCUCCCGUUCGUAGGACUGAGUGGUGUUUCAGUGAGCAGGUGUUUCACAUCUUUGCGCUACCCUGUUUUUACGAGGUUGUGACAGCCACAGACGUUAAGCAGAUGUUAGUGCAUUACUCCACCACGGACCGGCAUGACGGCGUCCCGAGCCACAGCUCGCGCCUAUCCCAGCUGGGCUCGGUGUCACACGCAGGACCCUACUCCAGCGCGCCCCCUCUCUCCCACGCGCCCUCUUCGGACUUCCAACCUCCGUAUUUCCCGCCACCUUAUCAGCCGCUCGCUCACUACCAGAGCCAGGACCCUUAUUCGCAUGUGAGCGACCCGUACUCCCUGAACUCCCUGCACCAGACCCAGCAGGGGGCCUGGGGGUCGCGGCAGCGGCAGGACACUAGCGGGGAGCGCAUGGACAGCUCCUCGCUGCUCGCCCAGCCCCGGGCCUCGCUGCCUCAGCUGUCCGGGCUGGACCCACGGCGGGACUAUGGCGGCGUGCGCCGGCCUGACGUGCUGCUUCACUCGGCUCACCCGGGACUAGAGCACAGCAUGGGGGACGGACUGCUGCACGGCCUGCACAGCAUGGAGGACCAGGCUCUGGAAGACAACAACGGAAUGAACAUUCUGGAUCAAUCAGUAAUUAAGAAAGUGCCAAUGCCACACAAGAACAUGGGCUCUCUGAUGCUUGGCAAGGACGGCCUGAUGGGCGGAGUGACCGUGAGCAUCAACGAGGUGUUCUGCUCGGUGCCCGGACGCCUGUCGCUGCUCAGCUCCACCUCCAAGUAUAAAGUCACCGUCGGGGAGGUGCAGAGGAGACUGUCGCCGCCCGAGUGCCUCAACGCGUCCCUGCUGGGUGGCGUGCUAAGAAGAGCCAAGUCCAAAAACGGAGGCCGGUCCCUCAGGGAGAAGCUGGAGAAGAUCGGACUGAAUCUGCCCGCCGGGAGACGCAAGGCUGCUAACGUCACUCUGCUGACGUCUCUAGUGGAAGGUGAAGCCGUCCACUUGGCCCGGGACUUCGGCUAUAUCUGCGAGACGGAGUUCCCGACCAAAGCCGUGAGCGAGUACCUGAACCGGCAGCACGCGGACCCCAACGAGCUCCACACGAGAAAAAACAUGCUGCUGGCCACCAAACAGCUGUGUAAGGAGUUCACAGACCUGCUGGCCCAGGACAGGACUCCGCUGGGGAACUCGCGGCCGAGCCCCCUGCUGGAGCCGGGCAUCCAGAGCUGCCUCUCCCACUUCUCCUUCAUCACGCACGGCUUCGGCUCGCCGGCCAUCUGCGCCGCGCUCACCGCCCUGCAGAACUACCUCAGCGAGGCCCUGAAGGGGCUCGACAAGAUGUUCCUCAGCGGCAACAACAACAACAACAACAACGGCGGCAGCGGCGGCAACAAUCGCCACGGCGACGGGAACAAGGGCAUCGACAAGGCGGAAGAGAAGCAGCGGAAAUGAGGAUGCGUGGAUGUGUGGGCGUGGGCGAGGUGUGGAGGGGGGGGGGAGGGGCAGCAAGAGGCGGAGGCGGAGCUUAUCGGCUGUCCACCUUCAAGGGCUUUGCCCCCGCCACCGCCGCCGCUGCCGGUUGACCCGACGACCACGUGCACGCUCGUCAGGAGGAAGAAGAGGAGGAAGAAGAGGAGGAGGAGGAGGAGGAGGAGGAGGAGGGAAGAGAGACUGUCGUGGAGGGGGUGGGAGGAAGGAAAAAAGAAAGGGAAACCAGAUGGCUGGGGGCCACUGUCGGAGGGCCACAGAGGGAUUUUUCAUCUGUAUUACAUUCUUUUUGCUCCCACCCGCCCACCACUCCAC